UUCACCUAGUGCUCGGUACAAGAAAUCGCUAAAAUUCAUAAUCUUAUUUUGAUUGCUGCGUUAAAACUGAAUAGCAUAGCUAUUAGAACAUCAGCAUUGUGUUAGAAUCUUGGUAACAUUGCUAAUAUUCACAAGGCAUGAUGGUGGAAGGUUCAGCGUUUACGAGGAACGAUGUGUUCCAAAUGGCAAUACGCGUUGCUUUUGUAUCAGCUGUGACUUAUUUCUCUAUAAAAUGGCUUGUAAACCAAAUUGAUCCAACGUCUAAGAGUCGAAAGAAGGCUGAGGAAAGAGCGCGGGAACAGUUACGCAAAGCCGGCCUUGGAGGGAGGCACUCACUGGUGCUGGACAAACUCACUGAUCAUGAAAUGAUAAUUGCGUCACAGCUUGUUGUGCCGGAGGAAAUUAGUGUCAACUGGAAGGAUAUUGCUGGUCUAGAUCAUUUAAUCAAUGAGUUGAGAGAGACAGUCAUCCUGCCUAUACAGAAACGGGAACUUUUCGCUGACAGCCGGCUCACACAGCCGCCUAAGGGUGUCUUGCUGCAUGGACCACCUGGCUGCGGUAAAACACUGAUAGCAAAGGCAACUGCCAAGGAGGCUAACAUGAGCUUCAUCAAUUUGGAUGUGUCGCUGUUGACUGACAAGUGGUACGGUGAAACUCAGAAGCUUGCCGCUGCCGUCUUUAGCUUAGCUGUCAAGUUGCAGCCAUGCAUCGUAUUCAUUGAUGAGAUUGAGUCGUUCCUGCGCACGCGCACGCAACACGACCACGAGGCGACCGCCAUGAUGAAGACGCAGUUCAUGUCGCUUUGGGACGGACUCAUCACAGACCCCACCUGCACUGUCAUCAUCAUGGGAGCGACGAACCGUCCGCAGGACCUGGACCGCGCCAUCCAGCGCCGCAUGCCCGCCACGUUCCACGUGCCCAUGCCCGGCGCCGCGCAGCGCGAGCGCAUCCUGCAGCUCAUCCUGCGCGCCGAGCCCACCGCCUCCGACAUCGACUUCGCUCGGCUGGGCGCGGCCACGGACGGGUUCUCCGGCUCCGACCUCCACGAGCUGUGUCGCCAGGCGGCCGUGUACCGCGUGCGCGACCUCGCGAGGGACGAACUGGCGAGGGAGCAGCAGUGUAAACAGAACAAGUCCAGCGGCUCCGACUCCGACGACGAUUACGUGGACGCUGUACGACCCAUAACCAUGGAGGAUUUGCGACUCGCUCUCGGCAAACUCAAAGAAUCCAAGAUACAGUGCGGCACGCUCGCACCCAACAUGCGCAUCGAGCUGGACUAACCGCUGCGUUGGCAGAUGUCCUGUCCAUAGACACUACCAUAGACUAUAGGAUCGACGAUGCCGAUGCCGAAGGUCAGCAUCGGAACAUUUUAGCGUUUUAGUCAAAAAAAAAUAGGGAUACGUUUUUGGUCCUGCCUCGUAUUUUUCAUGUCAUUAAGUUUUAAAUGAGUACUAAAGUUUAACUUAAAAAUUUUGUUAUGUACUCAUAUUAACAGAAUCAUUUAUAGUUCAGAAAUAAAUUUUGUAGUCAUUACAUUUUGUCCCCUA